UAUUAUUUCAAAACCCUAAUUUACCAUUAUUUUUUAAAACCAAUUUGGUAAAGUUCGCAGCCUUUACCCCUUGCAUCUUCUUCGUUCUAUCUGUACCUCUCUGAUCCGAAAACGGAACUAUCUAAGAAGAAAAUGCAGCAAAGAAGGCCUUCUGGAACCGAUGGUUCUGAUUAUUCCUACCGUAUGGUCGUUGAUUCAAGGUAUCAACUUGUUGCAAAGGGGAAGACGCGUCUUGCUGCGCUAUUUAUCAUUGAGGCUUUGUUUCUGUUAAUAGGAAUGGUAUUUGCAGUUUUACCAGGAAAAAAAGACGACACAACAAAUAUAGUUGCCAUUUCUUCUGUUAUUGCUAGUGUUGUUUUGUUGAUCAUUGGGGAUUUAGGUAGAAGACGAAGCCGGUCGAGUUUGUUGAGGUUAUAUGCCAUUCUAUCUUCCUUAGCAAUGCUUCUCUUCAAUGCUUCUCUUGCUAACCAGUAUUCCCUGUUGAAGGUUAUCCAGUAUUACAGUAAUCGGGAAACAAGCAGUUUUGAUGUUGAUCAUCUUGCUCUUCAAACUGGUUUGUUGGUAUAUAUACUCACUUUAUCACUGUUCAAGAUUAGUGUCAUCAAAGCAGUUGUUUUCCUUCUUUUUAACAUGACACCUCCCAAGAAAGCCUCUUAGCCUCGUGGAUUUUCUUUCUCCCAUUGAUCUGUAUGAAUGUAUCUUUUUGAGUGAUAAGGGAAUCUGACUUAAGCUUAAGUAGACUUUUCCCUGCAAAUCACCGUAUAAAGACACUUGCUAUGUUUAAGCAAAUUUUUGUUUUUGUAUUUGAGGCAUCAUCUAACUUGAAAGAGGUAAAUAUUGAAUUGUUACAGCAUACCUCAACCUCGUGUUGGAGACUUGUAGUGAAUAGGUGGAAUUUUCAAUCUAAGUAUUAUCAACACAGUUAACAAUUACUUAUUUUUGGUUAGUUGUUUCUUUAGGGUCAAUUGUGUAACAUUUCAAUCAUAAUGGGCAAAAUGAAUCUGUCAAGCUUAAACUCAA